ACUAAUUAACCUAAAAGACAGUGCUUGCUUCCAUUACUACAAUUCCAAAGCCCACAUUUGCUUUUCUUCCUUUUGUCCUUGUUUGCUUCUUCAAAUUUUCUAUAUUCCCUCUUUUCAAAGACGGAGCUAUCCAUGAAUUCACAAUCCCAUUACUUAUUAACUUCUCUGCCCUCUAUUGUUCCUUUCUUUGCUCUCCUCUCCCCCCUGUCCAUUUAUUUCCCAUGAACUGGAAGAGAGAAGAGCGGUGUGCAAUUAAAUCUCUCAUUCUUGAAGAAACUCACGAGAUUUCCAUGCACAAACGCUUCUUUUUCUCUCUGAUCCAAACCACCUGAAUCUGCCCGGAGAGAAAGAGAAGUGACAACGAUUCUCGGGUUCCUGAGGCGGCAAAUGAACGGUGUAGUUGCGAGGAGGCGAACGAGUAUGAGUCUAAAAGAACGCCUAGGAUUGAGAGGCUUGGGUUGUUGCGGGGCCACAUGGGGAUUCAAGCCUACCACCAUUAGCGUCAUAAGCGAUGAGGAAGAGGCACUAGAACAAGAGCGAGAAGAAAUAGAGGUCGUAAAUGCAGGAUCGAAUCCAACGGAAGGAGUAUCGGAUCCGGGUUGUCCGGCUGUAACUUCAAUUCCGGCAUCCUCAGGUAUGAACUUAGCCGCGGCAUUAGCUGCGGAGCGACAAUUCCGGGAGGCGAGUAUUAUUGGUCCGAGCACAAAUAACGUGGAAGCGAUAACAGCAGCGGGAACACCGUUGAGGGUAUCUUUGAUGAGACUGCUGGAGGAAGCGGACGGUGGAGAUGGGGAAGUGGGCGCAGAGAAUGAGAAAGGAGCAGUGGGGAGCGAUACUGUGUGCUGCGUGUGCAUGGCGAGGAAAAAGGGCGCAGCGUUUAUCCCAUGUGGGCAUACAUAUUGCAGGGUGUGUUCGAGGGAGCUAUGGCUGAAUAGAGGGUCGUGUCCCCUUUGUAAUCGAUCAAUUCUCGAGAUUCUCGAUAUUUUCUAGUGGGAAUUGAUGAUGGUCAGGUCAGCUGAAUGGAUUUGAAGAGAGAAGACACUGAAUUGGGCUUUAGUUUUCUAGGUUGAAGUUCCACUCUCAAUGGGCUUCUACACAAUACAGAAUGGGCUUUUAAAAAUUGGCAAUAGCUUUGAUUUUGCUAAUAGUUUCUCAGGAAAGGAUCAUUAAUUGCAACAAAAAAUCAAUCAUUUUCUUCAAGUACUUGCAUUCAUUUGUUCUUUGGCAACCUGGAUGAGUAUAAGCCAGUAAAGGUUGCUUAUGAAGAAUGCGGGAAUAAUAGUUGUAAGUAUGAAAUGGACAUUUUCCUGUUACGUUCAAGGGACACAUGUAUCUUUCAAUGAAAAAGCUUCUUUAAGAGUA